UGGUGGGAGUAGCUGGGUGCUUAUUAAUUAUUAAUUAUUCCUUGACUUCCUCCUAUCCUGUCAAGUUUAGUUUGGAGAACUGAGUUUGUUUUUGUUUCUGCUUGAACGAUGGCACCAGUCGUUACACCUGGAGAACCUCGCGAAGGCAAUAAGCCACAGCCUUUGGGAAAUUUCGGCUUAAUAUUCAUCUUUACCACUUUCACAUUGUGCUUGCUUUACUUGCUCUGGCGUCGCGCAAGUGCCUUGCGUGCAGUUGUAUCCCACCAGCUACAAACAUGGACGACGACGGAAGGCCAAAUUCGCCUUUCCGAGGACGACGGUCCAUCCGCUACCGAGUUCCUGGUUGAUGCAGACGACGAAGAUGCAGGGAUAGUAGAUGAUGGUGUGAUCCUGGGUCAGGACGAAGAAUGGUUAAGAACUGAAGGGAAUAAGGGGACUUUCGCCCUACCUUCUGUCCAGGCUGGCUCCUCCGUCGUAAAACGCACGUCACCACUUUAUUUUAUCCCUCAUUUUUGCCAUGGCCUGCCGCUUUUUUAUAUCCUCGAGGACGGUGAAUCCAUAUUAUCUAUUUCCACACGGUGUCGGCUGGUCUUGCUUUAUCGUUUAUCAACAUUUUUCUUCAACAUCAUGCCUUGCUGUCUGGAUUCCAUUCAGAUCCUUGCACGAUUCUAUUUGGACUUGUGGUUUUACUCUAGGCUUGUAGAUGGGCCGCCUCCAUGUGGAGAAGUUUACUGGAACUGAUGUUCAGCGGUCACUUUUAAUCACCCUCGGGCCUCACUCUAGCAGAAUAUUCAAGGACACAGUGAACACACAGACGCCUGGAAAGAGAGCCUCCUCUAUGGGAUCCCCUUUACACUCAGAUUUCUACACUAGUGCGUAAUUUCUGCAUCUA